ACCUUUAUAAUUUCAUACGUGGCAAUGUUAAUCAUCGGUUUUACGCAAGAGCCUUAUAAACAAAGGUUGGAAGGGUUGAGUCGCUUACACAAGUUCUUGUUCGUAAUCCUCUCGAUUCCUUGAGCUAAAGAUUUUUACCAAUUCUUUACUUAAAGAAUGGCGACCGAAGUCGAAAGUACCCCAGUCGCUGAAGAAGCUGCCCCGGCUGAGGUAGAACCCUCUAAACCCGAGGAGAACCACGUUGAAGAAAACAAACCGACCGAAGAGACUCAAUCGGCGGAAAAGAUCGAAGACGCGGUCGAGGGAGAGAAGAAAGAGGAGAAUGGAAGUUUACCGCCAAAAGUGAUUUUGCAUCAACACCCGCCAGGGCCUACUAUUCCAGGGUUUCUCCCUAACUCGCUGAAGCUCGAAACCUAUCUUCGUAUGGUAAAGAUUCCAUACGAGAACUUUUACGAGAGCAAACUUGGCUCGAGUAAAGAGAAAGUGCCGUUCAUCGAGUAUCAAGGCGACAAAGUACAAGACACCAACUUCUGUAUAAAGUAUUUGAAUAAGAAGUUCAACGUGGAUCCCGACGCUCAUCUCAGCGCCGAGCAAAAAGCAAUGUGCCAUGCGAUCCAAGCUAUGGCCGAGGAAAACACGUACUGGAGUCUUGCCUACUACAGAUGGGUGGACAACUAUCAAGAGACCAAGAAAUAUUAUAGCAACUUGGCCCCUGUAUACAAGGACCUGCGGCCUAAGCUGGAUCAAAAUAAGUGCAUCAAAUGUAUGCAAGCUCAUGGAAUCGGCAAGCAUACAAAGGAAGAAAUCUACGCCAUCGCAGAGGAAGAUUUACGCGCGAUGUCAGCGUUAUUGGGUGAGAAAGAGUUCUUCAUGGACUCCGAACCGUGCACUCUCGACUGCACAAUGUUUGGCUUGCUCGCAUGCUUUGUCUACGGUACCGAAGAGUCACCGCAGAAUAAGCUCAUCCGAGAGGAGCUUAAGAAUCUAGCUGAUUUCUGUGAUCGCAUGAAGCUGAAUUACUGGCUUGACUGGGGAGAUAUUUGUUCCGAAGAGCACUUCGAGGAAUUCAAGCCAAAGAGCCGGCUCAGCUUUAAAAAGAAGGGAAAGCGAACCAAAUCCAACGCUGACCAGAAGGAAGGCGAGGAGGGAGAGAAAGAGGAGGGUGAGAAGAAGGAGGAAGAGGUAAAAGAAGAGGGAGCCGAGAAAAAGGAGGGAGAUGAUGCCGAGAAUGCUGAAAGCCCGGCCGAAGAUGGCGCCAAACCAGCAGAGGAGGGGGAGGGAGGCAAGAGCGAAGAGGCAAAGCCUACGGAGGAUGAGGCCAAAGAUACUCCAGCAGCCGAGGAGAAGCCAGCAGAACCAGAGCAGUAAAGUAUAUGCUAGCUUAUAUUAUUUUAUUUUCUUCUGGCUGAACUUUAUGGACAUACAAGCGUUCGAUGUGUGAUGCGAAAUCUAAUGUCAAUGAGUUAGGCGUCCAGCCCUUAGAGAUUCGUAGCUUCAGUUAUUACUUUGUCCUCGACGAAGGGAGAGUAUUUCAACGUGUUUAUAUUACUCUAGCCUAUGCUGAGUAAUGUCAAAUCGGAUAUUUCCAUAUUUUCCACCUUGAAAUGUCUUUAAAUAUCCGCAUUUGAAAGGACGAUAGAGUAGUUCUAUACGGCCGAGUGAGUUUCGACUAGUGUUCAUUCAAGCUAUGUCUAGUUUAUUGUCGGUAACUUAUUGUUUCAUCAGUUCCCAUUCUAGCAGCCAGUCGAUCGUGAAAACGCUUAUCCAAACGACCAAAGUCUUUUGUUGUGUAUUACGCUGUAGGUUUAGCAAUAGAGGUGUGCCGCUUUGCUUUUCUUUUCAAGGUGGGGCUGAAAUUGCUAACCGACUGGUAGUAAUAUCUUAUAUUAUACGCACAAGUUUCGCGCUUUCUUUCGGCGUUACAUUAAAAUUUUAUUAUAAUCUUUGAUUGUUUUUUCAGGGCUUAAAGUUUAAUACCUUGAAAAGCUAAAGCACAGUUAAGUUGUCUUUUCUGCGCUUGAGUUUUUGGUACAGUAAUUGCUCAAUAUUUUGUCGACCUACCGGUGCGAACUCACAAACCGAGGUGAUCAUGUGUUCUAUUCGCUCGGUGUAUUCGAAUUAAUUGAACGUGUGACAAUCGGCGGUUUAAAUUAAGCAAUAUUUCCUUCUACCUUCCUUUUUUUCGGCUCGAUUCCUUUCAUGAGUACAUAACAUUUAAGCAGACGCUAGUAUUACGACAUCCAACUCGCAUACUCUUAGUAAAUAUUGACCGAAGCGAGUAAUCUUUUUGGACCAGUAAUACCUUUGGUAGUAUUGCGAAAUUCCAAGCUCGGUCUGGUAUAAAGAAUAAGUGUCAAUUUGUUGUGUUAAAGUGUUAGCUUGUGCUUCGUAUGUGAAAGCCCAUGAGUUUAGUAACUAGAUAUUAUGAUCUAGUCAUAGAACUGAUGCUAAUAUUUUGCCUGAGUUGUAUUAUUCGCUAGAUCAACCAGCAGUUAGAAUCCCGCUGUUUAAGUCUAAUGAAAGCCGAAUACGAAACUCCUUUUGCCUUUCAAAACUUCACAAUGUCAAAUUUAGGUUUUUGAUUUGUCACGGACCAAGCGAGGACGAAAUUAUAUUUUUGAUUUAACCGCUGUAAAUAAUACUUUCCAUUGAAAAGUAAUUUUAAUUUUGUACUUGUCUAAGUUGCCUUAGUUUCUAAUUAAACAAACUCGCUCGGCUCAGCUAGAGGGAAAUAUAUGGAAAAGACCUUUAUGGGUCAUUUUCGCACCAAGAAUAUGUAUUUGUAUUUUGUUACAAGGGACAGAAAUUAGUUCUGAAAACCCAUGAAGCCCACAUCGAUUUCCUAGCUUCUGUACAAUGUGUCCAAGCUAGCCCCCGCCGCAUCCCUCUAAAAGGUAAUUUAUAUUCUAGUAAACAUAGUCAGUUUUUCUUAGGAAAGGAUAUGCAAAUUGUGUCUAAGACAUUUUGCCUGAAGUAUAAUUAUUUUGCCUACAAGUGUUCUCUAUUAGAUUGUAUCUAACUGAUGUGAGGGAGCUUAUAGAAUUAGAUUAUGAAUGAGAAAUGUCUCAGUCGUAGUGAAUUUCACUUAGCUGUUGUUGUAUUGUGUUUGGCUCUACUGCCCUGUUGUGUCUAGCCUCAACUGAGCCAGGACUGAAUAUAGAUGUGUUAAAUUUUGAAAAAAAAAACUGCUAUUCACUUGAGCGUUGUGGUGUAGUGAUUUAAUUCCAACUUAUUACUUGCCAUGGAACUACUCUUAAAAUGCAGCAAAAUGUUGUCACUCAGUUUUGAGUUUAAAUCCAGUAAAUUCCAUCACUUAACUUGACACAACACUUCAUUUCUCACCAUGGCUGAUUCUAAGGUGGAAUUAGAAUUCUGAAUUUUAGUGUACGCAUCCAAGCUUGAACAUAUGAUCGUAAUUAUUGAGUAGAUGACUCUAGGAGCUUACAUGUAAAAUGUGGCCUUAAAUUAUAUUGGAUGCUGAAAACCAAUAAAGCUAGAACAAGACUUGA